AUGAUGACGCUUGUAAUGCUUUUGCUUAAAGGAAGCAAAAAUAUACAAUCAACUCAAACAUCAAGACCAAAUUAUGUCCAAAAUGGAAAAGUGCAUUUUAAACGUUUGGGACGUCUGAACGAUGAGCUUGAAUUUCGACGUAAUCCUAUUCUGCCUCAGUUACCGACUUUUUUAUCCAAGAAAGAGUUGCUUUCAAGGCUUUCUGAACAAAAUGCUCAGAAUAAGCAUCAAGAACAAAUUGCUGAUAACGCUGCUGAAAUAUUUGACGUCGCAGAACAAGAAUACAAGGAUUACAAAGAUGCGGUAUAG